AUGGCCGGACAUGACCCCUGCCAGCGAGCGAUCGAAGUGGCGCGGAAGUAUUCGGGGAAGUUGAACCCGAGUUCCAUGGACUUGUCCAAGCUGCAUUUGGAGAUGGUGCUUGUGGCCGAGGAGGAUCUCACCAUGGGUUCUCGCAGUCGUCUCCUCACGGCAGCAGCCUUGCUUUGUUCCGGACGCAAGUUGCACCUCCGGCAGUCUGUCACGGUCUCCAGCUAUGGUCGUGGAUGCCCACCGGGGCAAGGGGGUGCGGGACGAGGAGAGACUCGCAGCCAUCGGAAAUGUGGCGGGGGAGGUGCUUCCAACCUUGGGCGCGGGGGCGACGGAGCGCACUGGAUGGCAACGGGCUCCCAAUCUCUUGUGCCUUGCGCCACGCCUGGCCAGCAGACGACUUUCGAGCGUCCUCGGCUCCCGCUGGACAGCGCUCCGGGAGGAGGUUGUGGCGUCGAGGCGAACUACUGCUACAAGCUGUAUGAGAAAGCACAUAGCAUACGCUAUUCGGCUGGGGGUGGCCUCAUUUGGCUCUCUGCCCCAGCGACGCGGAUGGCGGGCGGCGUGCGAGUCAUCUCAGAUGGUGCGUUCGGCAGCUUUACCAUCAAAGACAACACGAAUGGAGACGCAGAUCAACCGGACACUUCCGGUGGCGGUGCUGGCGGCCAGGUCAUUGUCUACACGGACAACCUGCUGGUGCCGUCCUCUGCAUCUGAGUUGGGAUGGCCUAGGCUGUCAGCCAAAGGCGGUGAUGCGCAAUGCAGCAGCCAGACGGCCUCUGUGGGCGGUGCCGGCGGCGGUGGCUUUAUAGGCCUGGAAUGGCGAAGCAAAACGCAAGCAAGAAGUCCGGUGAAAGAUCCGACCCGGCUGCUAUUGGACGUGGGCGGCGGGCGCGUGACGGAGAAAUGCGCCGACUUUCUCCCGCAGAAAUUCCAGGACAGCGUGCUUGGCGGCCCGGGCCUUGCCACCACCCUGACACCGUGCCAGCCAGGUCUGGCGGGCCCGGUUUGCCAGCCCUGCCCCGUGGGGCUAUGGGGUGACGGCGAAGGCACCUGUCAAGAGUGCACCAACCAUCUCGGCAAACAUGGGAUCUACACCACGGAGGGCUGGGCCAACGAGACCUGCCCGUACCAAUGCAUCCCGGGCCUUCCUGCGGUGCAGAUCAACCCCGACUGUCUGAACAACAUCGACUUCGCCGUGAGCUUCUUCGGAGGCAAGGUUGGGUUCCUGGCUGCAGUUGCCUGCCCCAUCCUGAUGUUUAUGGGGGUCCGGCUGGCACAUCGCUGGCGGCAGCAGCGGAAGAGGCGAGUUUCAUCCGUGGACGGAUCCACCAUGAAUGGCCUGGAUGAUGCCAAAGCGCUCGGUGGUGACCGCGGUCUGUGGCACUUUCCCCCAGAGCAGCUGCCCCUUCACGUUCGACGCAUCUUCCUCCAGGGGCACAACUCCCCAGAGCUUCCAUGGACUCUGCCUGGCAGUGGGACAGAAGCGAACUCUGCCGUGUUGGUUUCUGCCAUUCCAACCCUGCUCCAGACCAGCAUCCGGCCCGAGAGCUGGGCCGAGUUGGUCAAGGAGUUGACGAAAACCAUGACUCCGCCUCGGAAGGAAAAGUGGUCCUUGAACGUCUUGUGGUGCUGCAGCCCACCUCUCUGCGAGCUGAUGGCCUGGAUUUGGCGGCGUAGACGUGCAAGAGCUGUUGACCGUCAGUUGCGAGCCUUCAAUCAAGGCCUCCUUGGCCGUGGUGGCCUCUGGAAACCGGACGCCCGCAACGCGGCGCGGCCCGACGUCCGCUUCGGCUGCGACGACAGGGCGACCGUUGGCUACUUGGAUAUCUUCGACCACUCCAGGUCUCCGCUUGACUGGGCUCCAGCGGACCUGCGGAAGAAUGAGCAGCGAUUCCUAGCUGCGGGCCAUGGCACCUGGACGAACCCGUUCGAGCUCCCUGUGGUCGAUCCCCUCUUCCAGGGCCUCGCGCAGACCCUGGGGCACAGCGGCUCUGGCGGGGCGCAGGUCCUCUUCUCUCUGGUGUGCACGUUCAACCUCUUCAGCCGAGUCCUCCCGGCGGCAGAGCUGGAGGCUGCAGCCGCCGAGGCUGCUGACAGCGGAGAGCUGGGCAAUGCAACGACUACGCCUGCCCUCUGCACGCUGAUCCACGAGGUCGAGAGGUGCAGUCACCAGCAUGGCCUGCAGGGCUCCGUGGAGGUGCAGCUUGCGAGCGUCGCGCGGCCGAAUGGGAAGCCCUCUGUUGUGCCAGGGCCCUCAAGACCCUCCGAGCCACUCGUGGCCGAUUCCUUUACCGAUCUGGUGAGGCAAAUGCCCGCCACAUUUGGCGACCCUUUGCCGGACGCCGACAACGCGCUGGAGCCAGGUGAGGACCUGAAGCUCUGCUUGGUCUUCUCCGGAAAGCACCAUGCUGGCAGGGGUCUCCUCUACUCGGUCUCUGACCUACUUUCCAGCCCCCGGGACGCCGCGCUGCAACCUCUCGCGAGAGCUUCUGCUGUCGGGACAGGCCUCCACCCUCGCGCGCAGCUUCUCAGUCUGGGCGCCCGCCUGCGUAGGGCCUUGAUCCGCUGGCGCUGUCGUGCGUUGCUGCCCUGGACCUGCACCGCCCAGAACCUGCAUGUGUCCUACUUGCUCUUGGUAGUGCUCUUCUUCACGAUGAUCCUGCUGAACGCCAUGGUCUGUGUCGUGCUUGGGUUUAGCUUGUGCCGCAUCUCGUCCUCGCCCUAUGCCGCCGUGGCGACGUGGCUCUUGCUUCCGACACCCUUCGCGCCGGUACUGUCGCCCUGCAUAGGCUUCUCGGCGUUGAUUCUCAAAGAGCCCUCAUGGGGCCGGAUCCACUCGGAGAUUGCGAUCCGAAGCUUCGCGAAUGUGCUGCUGACCAGCGUUGCGUUUUGGCAGUUGGAGCUGGUCCUUCCCCUGGGCAUGGCCCUGCUCUUCGACGCCCUCGUGGGCUCUGGUGCGGCGGUCUACGCAGGCCUAGAGAUGUCUUCCGCCGACCUCGCAGCAGCCGACGACAGCGUUGGAACCUCCCUGGAGCUUCAGGUCAGUGGCGGCUCGAGGGGGCCUGGGUCGUACUUCGCCCGCUCGUCCACGCAGGCGGCGCCGGCCAAGCCGAGAGAGAUUUCGAUGACUGUUCUGCCCAGCAUGGGGUCACCGAGUCUCCGGAGCACACCCCGAGCGCGGGGGGAAUCUGCGGAGUCAGAUUUCGGAGUAGCCGAGGUCACCUCCCCGUUCUAA